GCUGCGGCGCGGCGCUGAGCGUACCCUGUGCGCGGCGCCACACCACGCGACCCCUCUCCGCGACGCGGGCCGCGGGCCAAGCGCGGACUUCCGCGACCGACGCGACCCACGCCCCGACGACGGCACAAAGGAUUAAAGUGACUCAGUGUGUGUGAGAGUGAAGAGUGAACGAGUGACUGUGCAAGGUGAACAUGAGAUGACCGCCGCGUCGUGAGGUCCGUCCACCACAAGCCACCGUGUGGGCCACGCAGCAGCUUUCGCAGUGACGUGGGCCCCGCCACCGUGAUGUAGCGCCAGCAUGCCCCGCUCCCCGAUGGCCCCGUAGAGGCCCGCCAACGGCCGAGAGCAGGACGUCGAGGACCUCGGCCGGGACGCCGCCUUCGGGCGCCUUCGCCAUGACGAACGACACGACCUCCGCCCCCGCGCUGGAGGCCGCCGCCGCCCCCAUGAUGAAGACGGGGGGCGGGGGGCUGGCGGCGGGGCUGGGCGCCGACGUGUCGAGGAUACCGCGGAACAAGCUGCUCUCCCACCGGAAGUUCCCGAACGGCACUCUGGCCGGAAGGACGCCGACAUCGACGCCGUCCUCUGGGGACAGCACGUCCCCGAAGACUGUCCUGCCGGCGGCGUCGACGCCGCCAAAGAACAACAACCGUGACACCUUCACCAAGGCCUUCCUGGCGCAGAACGGCCGCGUGGCCGAGGCCAUCAAGACGCUCGAGUCGCUCAACGCCCGCAUCGGCGCUGACCUGGACGGCGCCCUCCCCUCCGAGCACGCCGUUCACCAUGUCGGGGCCCUGGCAGCGAACGGGGCUCCGGCCCUGGACGGGGCCCCCGAGGCGGCCCAGGACGCCCAGGACGCCGGGCAGCAAGAGGCAGUGCUCGUCCUCUCCUCCAUGGCGCUCAUGAGGAGGCUGCUCGUGGACGCCCAGUCCAAGUUCCGUAGAAUGGUAGAGGAGAACCGUCAGCUCGGCGAGAGAAUCGACGGGGACGUGCAAACCGCCCACGAGGACGUGGCCGCCCUCCGCGCCGAGCUGAACGACGCCUCCCAGUGCCUCGGCGGCAUCGUCUCCAUGGGCACCAUGGCCACCAUGGCCACCGCGGCGCAGACCAAGGCCCUCGGGCCGCCCGCCACCGUGGUGCCACCCCCGCCGCCCACCGGGCAGCCGCCCACCGCCCCCUCCACCAUCUCCACGUCGUCGUCAUCCUCGUCGCCGUCCUUCUCGUCGUCCGUGGCCAACUCGUCGUCGAGCCGGUCGUCCGACUCCCCCGUCAGCAAGCCCAACACUUCCCCUGACGGUCCCGAGACGCCCCGGCGGGUCCCCCCGAAGGUGAUUCCCCGGAGGCCACACUCGGGCGGAGACGUCCCCGACGGCGGCGCGCCUUCCAGGUCGACGACGAACAAGCCGCGCACCGACUCGGCGCCCAUCGCCAUGUCCGAGUCAGAGGCGUCGUCCCCCGAGAAGGACUGCGUGCGGCCCGCGGGCACCAGCCCCGGGCCGAGCCCCGGCCCCAGUCCCGGCGGCCCCAACUCGGCCGCCCCCAUGACCAGCGCCUUCUCGGAGCGCAUCGGUAAGAAGCUGUCCGCCGUCGGCGCCGAGGCGGACAAGUGGGCUGGCGCGAGCGCGGCGGGGUCGGCGUCGGCGGCCAACUCGCUGUCCCUGUCGCCGCUGGACCAGCUCAUCGUGCGGCCCGCCAGCCCCAAGCCCGGCCGCUCCUCGGCACAGACCGACUGCGCCAUCAGCCCCGGCGAGCCCUCGCACGUGAGCACGCGGCUGCGGCUGGAGAACGAGCGCCUCAAGCGGGAGGUGUCGGAGCUGCGCAAGCUGGUGUCCGCCUCCGGGCUGUCCCCGGGGUCGUCGGCGUCGUCCUCGGCCGCGGCAGUGUCCCCGGGACCCACGUCCGGCGCGGGCGACGCGGCUGCCACCUCCGGCGGCGAGGGCGCGCCCGGCUUCUCCGUGAUCGCGGACUGCGACGGCAGCCUGGUGCGCGUCCGCAGCCUCGAGACCGAGCUGGCGCAGACCAAGGAGGCCCUGACGGCGCUGAAAGCCGAUCGAAAGAGACUGAAAGCCGAGAAGUUCGACCUGCUCAAUCAGAUGAAGCAGCUGUACGGAACGCUCGAGGACAAGGAGAAGGAGCUGAGGGACUUCAUCCGCAACUACGAGCAGCGCAUGCGCGAGUCGGAGGCCUCGCUGCAGCAGCUGUCCACGGAGCGCGAGCAGCGGGAGCGCGAGCGGUGGAGCCUGCUUCGCCACGCGCGGGACGAGGCCGAGCGCUCCCUGACGCUGGCGGCGCAGCUGCAGCACAAGGAGCAGCAGCUGCAGCAGCUGCAGGACCAGCUGAGCGACGCCCGCGGCGAGGCGCGCCGCUCGGGAUGCCUGUCCGACCAGGAGUCCGUGGCGUCGCUGUCCGCGUCCCGCCUCAACGGCCUGUCGUCGGGGACCCUCGUCUCGCGGGACCGGGACCGCGACCGCGACCGCAGCGACCGGGACUCGCGGGUCCUGGGCGACCGCGACCGCAGCGACCGGGACCGGGGGUCCUGCUCGGCCGACUCGGGGGUGAGGGGGUCCUCGGACAGGGAGUCGGGCGCCACGGGCAACCUGUCCGACUCGACCACUGACGGUGAGCGCAAGCGAACAGGCACGCCGACCAUCACGGUGGAGGGCAACAUGGACAUGGACUCCAUCUCCGUCGUGUCGUCCGUCACGGCGCCUCACAUGUACCAGCACAACGCCAGCACCCCCAAGGACUGCAGCCCGUCGCUGUCGCCGCUCAACGCGCACAGCUUCUCGCGGUCCAUCGACAACUCGGCGCUGUCGCGCUCCGUCGAGCAGCUCAGCUCGCCCAUGGAGCUGGAGCCGCGGCGCAGCAAGCGCAGCAUGGGGCUGGGCGCGCGCGGCACCUGGGGCUCCAUCAGCAGGGUGUUCGCGCGCAGCAGGCACCGCAAGGUGGUGUCGCCCACGAGCCAGGACGGUAAGACUUGGUUUCCAGCCCCACGCGGCCCCUCUUCCUGCCGCACUGCACCGCUAGCAUAACGCCCCGCCCGCUCCUUUGCAGAGUCCUGCGGCGAGUCCGUGCGCUCCUGGUCGCCGCUCACGGAGGAGGGCUACGCGGAGAAGCUGCGCCUGCUGCGCGAGGCCGCUGCCGUGCCCAUGGAGCGCUGGCGGGCCAGCACGGUGCUCGCCUGGCUGGAGAUCGCGCUCGGCAUGCCGCAGUACGGGCCGCGCUGUGCCGAGAACGUCAAGAGCGGCAAGGUGCUGCUGGAGCUGAGCGACCUGGAGCUGGAGUGCGGGCUGGGCAUCACCCACCCCAUGCACCGCAAGAAGCUGAGGCUGGCCAUCGAGGAGCACCGCCACCCCGCCCUCGUCCGCUACCCCUGCAUCGCGCAGCUCACCCACACCUGGGUGUCGUCGGAGUGGCUGCCUGACCUCGGCCUCGCGCAGUACUCCGAGAACUUCGCGGCCAACAUGGUGGACGCGCGAAUGCUGGACCACCUCUCGAAGAAGGAGCUGGAGAAGUUCGUGGGCGUGACGCGCAAGUUCCACCAGGCGUCCAUCGUGCACGGCAUCCACCUGCUGCGCAUGGUCAAGUACGACCGCCAGGCGCUGGCCGUCCGCCGCCACCAGAGCGACCACGUCGACGCCGACCCGCUCGUCUGGACCAACCAGCGGUUCAUGAGGUGGGCCAGGUCCAUCGACCUGGCGGAGUACGCGGACAACCUCAAGGACAGUGGCGUCCACGGCGCCCUGGUCGUGCUGGAGCCGUCCUUUAACGGCGACACCAUGGCGACGGCGCUCGGCAUUCCGCCGUCCAAGAACAUCAUCCGGCGGCACCUGGCCGCCGAGCUGGAGGCCCUCGUCCUGCCCGCGAGAGCUGCCUUUGAGCAUUACGUGCGCGUGACCGCUGCGGAGCGGCGCCGCGCCGAGAGGCUGAUGGGCGGGGGCUCCCUGGGGCGCAGCUUCUCGCGGUCCUACGCGGGCUCCCUGUCCGGCUCGCUGGCCAGCUCGCUGGCGGGGGCGGCCGCGGCGCUUCCCCAGGGCGGCCACCCCGGCGGCCACCCCGGCGGCGGCUCGGGAACGCUGCCGCAUGGCUCUGCCCUGGCCGCCGCCCGCGAGGUCGCCGCCGCGUCCCUCGACUCGCCCAUCGUGCGCGCCGCGUCGCCGGCCGGCCUCAAGCGGCUGCCAGGAGGCCCAGGAGGCCCAGGGAGCACCCACGGCCCCCCCGGCGCGGACCCCGACAACCUGGACGCCAAGGACCGGCGUCGCGCCAGCCUGCGAACAUACAGUUUACUGUAUUUGAAGAAGUUUUCCACGUGGCGGAGCUCACAGGGUUCGCUGAGCCGCGCGCUGGGCCUGGGCUCCAGCAAGACGUCGUCGCAGAACCACCACCACCACCACCGCGACGGCCGCGACCGGGACGGUCGGGACGGCCCCAUGCUGCACCGGGACGUCCACCGCGACGCCCACCGCGACCUGUACCGCGAGGUGCACCAGCAGCGCGUGGAGGCGCCCCGCGACGCCGCGGCCCGCCGCGAGCAUCAGCUGCAGCUGCAGCACCAGCUCAUGCAGCAGCACCAAGUCGUGAUGCGCGAGUCCCGGGACCGAGGCGACCGCGGCGACCGCGGCGAGGCGCGCCACCACACGCUGGCCAACCACCGCUCGUCGCACCACCACAGCCUCGCGUCGCCGACGUCGUCCUCGGAGAACGGCGGCUCGUCGUCGGCGUCGCCCUCCAUGUCCUCGCCGUCGACGGGCGGCGGGGGGCCGGCCGCCGCCGACGUGGUGGGCCGCCUGCAGGGCGGCGACAGCAGCAGCUCGGGAGACACCUACAACGACCCCCCGCUGUCCACGGCCAGCGCCGCGGCCGCGUCGCCCGGCCUGCCCGACAAGGCCGUCUCCACGGCCAAGCGGCGCCACCGCCGCGUCAAGUCCAUCGGCGACAUCGACUCGGUCACCGUCACGCCCGUGUGAGAGCCGUACUCAAAGACUUAAUUCGAGAAGCCUCGAACGCGCCACCCUGCCGCUAGCCCUUUAGUGCCCUGUAGCUCGCUUGCCCGGCUUGCGAGUACGAGUUCGGCCUGGGGCCUGGAGGCCUUGCUGGAGGCGGCCUGGAGGCCCGGAGGGAGCGCCACACUCAAGACUGGAGCGGAGGGCGCAGACCGGCUCACGUUCGCGCUUCGCGCGGGGAGGUUGGCCCACCCGCCAGACGGUGUCGACUCAAACUCACGAAGCUCGUGUCACUGAAACUGGAUCCCAACCGAAAGUAGAGCUUCUCAGCCGUGAUUUAGAGUAAUCAAUUUGUACAUAGAUUAGCUAUCGGUUACUGUUAAAACCUGAAGAUAAUUUUUAGCCAAAUACGCGGUGAUUGAAGAGAGCAGUCGUUGGAAAAGCGGUGUAUUGUUUUUGCUCUGAUAUUUCAAGCGGUACUACAUGCUUGGUGAUGUGUCUAUAUCCCACACUCAUAAUUGAUAUUAUCUUACGCAUUUACUGUGAUGAUAUAAAACUGUGUUCAUUUUCAUUAUUAUUAUGUUUCCUGAAUUUACGUAAGUGCAAUAUUAAGUGAUAUUAUUUAUUUGUCUGCUUUCAGCGUACAUGUCCUAUAUGUACACAUACUAUUUACGUACUAGGUAUCAUAUGUGAACCACUGUUUGGUCAUAUCAUGGUUAAUUUAUGGUUUUUUGUUGCCAUAGUGAAUAUGGCAGCGUAUUGUUGGUGUUCUAUGUUUUUUGCCAAUCUUGUUUGUAUUUUGUAUCUGUGCAUUUUAACUAAAACUAAGAUUCUUGUUCCACGCCCUGCUUUUACAGUAUCUUAGCCUUGAAAUUUCCAUAAUAGUGUGAAAUUGUUUAGGCGAUAAACCCCUUCCCCCCUUCUUGAUUUGUGCACUUCUCUGUAACUGUGGACCACCGCCCAUCUCGCCUUAUAGCUCCCCUUAAAGUCGCAGCCUAUCCUUAGUCCCCGCUCUUCCUUGCCAUCAUGUUACCCAUGAUUCAUUCCAACCAAUCCUCUUUGCGCUGUGCACCGAAAAUGGAGAAAACAAUUAACAAUAAACUUCGAACAACAUG